AUGGAGGCCACCCCAUCCGUGAUCCGCACAUCAGGCUGUGAUCUCCCCGCGAUGGGCUUUCUGUCAACGGCGGAGCGGGCUGUGGUCGGAAAAUCGACUGGCAACGCUGCGCCCCGCGUGGUGUUCCCAUUUGUGCGAAAGAUGGCGGAUGCCGAGCAGCAAUCUCAGCCGGUUGAACGGAAGCGGGUUGAUGGACAGGACGACAAGAGGGCGCCAGAUCCAAGUGAGGAGCCGUUCUGGGCUCAGUGCGGUCGUUGCUUCAAAUGGCGACAAGGAGUGGGCGGCCACAUGCGGGGGGUCGCCCUCGCUGGGUGGCGCUGCGAGUACGCUCUUGGAUCUUGCGACGAUGUUUGUGAUUGGUGUCGCAGAGCGGAAUGCAGCUGCAAAGGGAGCAACUACGAGAUCUGUAGGACGGACAAUUACCGCCUGCCUGUUGGCUUCUGGGCCGUCAUCCGAUUCAAAAACUGCAACUGUGUCCCUGUUGGCACCCCGUGGCUCGUCUACCGCUCCGUUUGCUCGGGCUGUGGAUCCACUUCUCCCGGCAUGGACCGCAGGGACAAGUUGGAGGGUUGGUUGAGUAGCCAUCGCGGUUGCAGGCCAGAGUGGAAGCGCUUGUCCCUCAGGGACUUCGACUUUCGCUUGAGCGCCCAGGCUCGGGAAGUGUACAAGCAAUACCUCCUUGCGGUCAAGGGCGGCAUGAAGCUGUCCUUUGGCGACCUGCUGUUGGCUUUGCAACCAUGCAGGAAUGCUUGGACACAAGGAAAAUGGAGGGAGGUCAGGGAGUUCACAUGCGAAUCUGAUGAUACUAAGGCAAGUGUGCCGCAAACGAAGAAGUUGGCCAAACCUUCGCAAUUGGCCUCUCAUAGCAAAUUGGGGAAGGCCUGCAAACAUUCGAAAUCCCAGAAGGUUGUUGUCCACAACUCUGCAGCGUCUGUUUCCCAAGCUGCAAAUGGUCGUUUGCAGCGAGCAAUCAGAUCGGGUAUGAAACGGCCACUACGUGCAUGCGAUGAGCGGCAGCCAAAGCAUUGCAGAUUGGAGGAGCUUGUACUAGCGGCUGAACAAGACAUGCAGCAAGCGUUUGCCUCCACACGACCAAAUUUGCGAAAUCGCUCAGCAGUACCUCAAUCAAUGUUGGAGAGUGCACAGGAGCUUCUGCUUCUCCAGCGCCACCCCCCUGUCAGGCUUCCUUAUCAGGCACACAUGAAGGCAGAAUACAUGGGCUCAUGA